UCAUUCGGAAGUAUCUAGAAUGCUUUACGACACUGUUGAUAACAGAGGCUGUCGUUUUGUUUUGUCUAGUAGGGGACUGUUGUUCGUAUAUUUAUUUUAGUUAUGAUUUAGUUUUCUACAAACUCCGCCAUUAAAUGAGUGUUUUUGAUUUAUUUCGCGGUUUCUUCGGAGUGCCUGGAGGCCAUUACCGUGGCCGAAACAGGGACCCCUUCUUCGAUGCCAUGACUCAUGAUGACGACGAUGAUGAUGAUGAAGAAGAUGGAUUCUACUAUGAUGGGUUCCGCGGGGACCAGCAGGACCCCUUUGACAGUGCCUGGAGGUUUGGCUUCAGCUUUGGCCCCGACGGGAUGAGGAUCCAGGAUCCUCCUGUGUUUGGCCACGUCCUCAGGGAGAUGGAGGAGAUAUUCUCCCAGCUGGGCCGCUGGGAGUCUGGACAGUUUGACGUGCCCAUGUUGCCACCACCUGGGGACGGAGCAGAGAGGGAUGAAGGGGGAUCCAGCGGGAACCCCCUGAGAGACUUCAUGCUCAAAUCCCAUGACAGUGACCCACGAAGACCACAAGCAGGGCCAUCUAGAGAGCCCAGAUAUGAUGGCAACCAUCCUCAUGAGUCACCAGAGUUUCCCAGCUCACCCUUCCAUGGUUGGACACCUUUUUCAAAGUUUAAUGAUAUUUGGAGAAAGGGUCCACAGAAAGUUCCAGAGGAGGAGCACAAAGAAGACAGAGAUCUGGACUCUGCUGUGUCUUCUGGGGGCCUGGAUCAGAUUCUGACACCACCUGCUGGUCAGGCACCAAACCAACCCAGGACUCAAUCAUUCUUUCAGUCAGUCACUGUCACCAAGGUGGUGAAACCUGAUGGGACUGUAGAGGAGAGGCGAACAGUUAGAGACAGCCAAGGCAAAGAAGAGACCACAGUGACCCGCUCAGGUCCUGGUAUCCUGGAGGGACCAGACCAUCAAACUGGGCCUGUUAUACCAGGUGGUCAGCGUCCAUUUUCAGACAUGCGGGAUGAUGAGUCGUUAUUUUCUAAGUUCUUUGGAGGGUUUAAAUAACAUGUUAAGUGACGUGUACUCUCUAAACUGGUUGACCGUGGCUUUUGUUCAGUUUCAGUCUGAGUGUUUCUCUAGAGCUGUGAGUUUGCAUAUUUGUAGGAACUAAAUACAUAUAUGGACAGAGCACUUGCACGAUCUCCAUUUGCCAAAAAAUGCGUCCGAUUAGGGUCUCUGGGGUGUUUGACAUGACACCAGGGUUUCUAACUGACUGUGUACCUGUAGACUAGAUGCUGCCAAUCCUGAAGACUAGUGAUUUUUGACAAAUUGAGACCAAUAAGGCACUGAACAGUGCAAAAUUACAUAUUUUAUUUUUGAAUUGUCCUGUAGGAUUAGUUGUUAUGGAUGUGAGUGUGUGAUAUGUCAAAUAAAAGUUCUUAAUAUAUUUA